AUGUCGAAAACAACAAAACAAUACUUUGAGAAGCUUAGAAAAGAGCUUAAAAGAAUUAAAAAGAAACGACAAUACAAAGGUCAACAUUAUAAAUUUAAUGAGCUACUAGCUUCUUUACCAAGCAUUAAAUAACAAAAGUUUAAGCAAAGAAAAGAAUUUUGAUUAUCAAUAUGAAGACAAAAUAUGUCCUAAUUUUACAUUUAAAAAUCAUUCUAUUGAUGUUAAAAACAGUAGCAUGAACAACUCAAACUUCUUUGGAACAACUCAAACAGCACAAGAAUCAUUUUUAAGGUCAACUAAUGUAAAAAUAGAGAACUGGGUUAACUUUGAAUUCCAUCCUAAAACAUCUCACAAAAGCAAAAGAAUGAAGUCAAAAUUGAAAUACUCAAAAAGGAAGAACAGACUAAUAGUGUCAAGAGAAAACUCAGUCAGACUGAACUCCAGAAGUCAAGGCUUCAAAAGAAAUAAGAAACUUAAAGACAAAAGAUUCUUCUGCAUCCCUAGGGGUCAGAGUAGUGGCCAAACCAGCAAAUAAAACAUUGUCUCCCAUAAACGAGUCUUCUAAACCUAUAAAUAAAAGAAUUAUUGAUGAACCAAUCUAUGUUGAAAAGUCGAAAGCAGUCGAUUCUGUGUACAGCUCCUUAUUUCGAAAAGGCCCAGUAAAUAUUGAAUACCUUAAAGAUGACACCAUCUUUGAAGAAUUAGAAAAUGGCCUUUCUAAUAAAGAACUGACAUGGUUAUCCACCAAGAGAGAGCAAGUAAUAGAGAAAUACAUGACUAAAUAAGGAAAAGUGAAAGAAUUUAUCCCAAUCUCACUCACUUAACAUCAAAACUGGAAACGUUGAAAGCUCCUGAAGAUUAACGAGCUCUUUGACUAAAAGAAGUGGAAAUAAAUUUAUGCACGAUCUAACUUCUAACAGAAGUAAUUUGAACAGUGAGAACCAAAACUCCUCAAAUGAGUACAAAACCAAGGCUGAUCCCGAUGUGCUCAGGAAUAUUUCUACUGUGUCCAACAAUCAACGAGGCAAAAUUACAUCAAUCUUAGAGAGAAACACCCAAACGAGCAUGAGUAAGAACGACAGGAUAAAAAUCGUUAAAUAAUAUGAAAGACAAACUGAUGAAUGAUAAAAGGAUGAAGAUUAAGAGCAAUAUCGAGAGGAGAGAGCAUAGAUCUAGACUAUUCCUUCCUGAAAGUAUUAAAAUUCAGACUCAUCAAUUCUACCAAAACUCAAUCCUUAUCACUUUUCUACAUGACAUUCAUUCAAAGUUUGAACUGAGGAAGCAAACUAGAGAAAGAGUUCAAAAGAUCGGAAGGAAAAUAUGAUGGAUCACCAAAAGUCUAGGAGCGUUUAAAAUGCUUCUCAAGAAAGUCAGGUACAAAAUAGCUGCAAAUAAAAUUCAAUACUUUGCAAGGAAGUUCUGCAGGAAAUGGUUAAAGAAAAGAGAACAUCAACAAGCAGUGAUUAUUUACCAAUUCCUAAAAUUUAAUAAAGAUAAUGAAGGAAAAAUUGACCUCAAGAAGAUGAAAUUUUAUAACAUAAUGGUUAAAGUCGAAAAAUAGACUGAAGCAAUAUAUUUCUCGCAGAAGACUCAGAUAUGCCAUUCUUAACAAUAGAUGGAAUGUCAUUGAAGCCAAAUAUUUUAGGAAAGGAAUAUAUGGCAUCACUGACCAGUUUGGAAAUUACAAAAAUAUUGUACCCUACAAAGUCAGAAGAGUAUACUUCUGAGAAUACCUGAGGUUCUUGAGAAUAGAAUACAUCAAAGAAUGCAGAAUUUGGGAAAAAUAUAAUAAGGAUGGAACUUUAAAGGAAUACACAGAAAUUAUUGAGAAUAAUGAUUUAAACUCACUGAAACAAAAGCGAAUUGUCAAGACGAGUUACAAGAUUCCUGUAAAGCCAAUUGAGAGGACCCUUAUCUCUUUCCAACAAAUGAGGGAAAUUGUCAGAGAAACCACAGAUAAUGAACACCGGUGGGACCAAAUAGCCGAUGGAGAAUUCGAACCUCCAAUUUUUAAGAAAAUGAAAAGUGUUAAAUAUAAUUUAACUGAAUAA